AUGAUCGAGGAUAGUAUUGCACAGCUUGCCAUCGAAUACAACAUUCAUGAAAAUGGUCAUGUUAUUAUCGUAGGUUGCACGGCCGCGGCAGAAAUGUGGAAGAAAUUGUGUGCUCAUUACAAGGAAUCAGGGUUCUCUACUAAAGCUAACGCUAUUAAUGCUUUUAUCUCCAUCGACUAUACAGACCCUACUACAGUGGAGGAGUUCAUGAUCGCGUUCAAUAACACUGUUACUGGUUUGGAGAAGUUGAGUUUCCCACUUCAUAGAGAAUGUCAGCGCUCGAAAUUGACCAACAAAUCUACACCUCCAACCCUGAAUUCUUUCCAAGCCGACAUUGCUGACGAGAGCAGAAAUCAAGCCAAGACAUCAUCAACUACAGGCUCUGCACUUACGGCACAUAAUACAAAGAGCAAGAAGAAGGACAGAGUUCUCUGUAAAGGGUGUAAUAAAUGGGCGUUUCAUACAGAGUCGGGUUACUUGGAAGUUUUUCCGAAGCUUGAGGAGAAAUUCUUCAAGAGAAAGGCGGCUAUAACUACCAACCUAUCCGAUCAAAGCGAUAGCGACAGCGACAAUUCGGUUCAUCUCAGCGAGCUUUCCAAUAACAAGAGAGUAUAUAUGAUGUCUGGGAUGUGUUUCUAUCCAGCGGCAAACUCAUAG